CAAAAAAAUACGAUGUACUUUUAGGACGUUACUUCUACCGGUACGUCGAAGUAAGAAGUAGGUAAUGGUAAAGUACUCGUACUUCAUAAAAUACUACUGGUACUGUAAACUACAAUAUGGAUCACUUCGAUCAGAAUUGAUCAAAAAAGAAACUGCCACCCACCACCCUAGAAAAUCAACUUCUGGAAAAUGGCCGCUCCUCUUCGAUCGAUCUUUGAGUGCUGUGCUUUGUCGUUCCUAAUUUGGGCACCGACCGUGUUGGUCGCGGCGAAUUUCGACUUCAACGGCGGCCAGCCAAAGUUCUGCAAGCCCUACACAUGCGGAAAGGGGCUCACACCGGUCCAGAAGUGGCCCCUCUCGUUCGAGUCCUCGGGCUGCUCCUCCCUUGGGGGUGGCAUGAUAGCGACCUCCGGCGCAACCGAUGGAAGCAACGACAUCCAUGAGCGCUGCUGCGACCAGCGUGCAGCCUGCCUCCAAACCUGCGGCUCGGUGAAGACGGCGUGCGACGAGGAGCUAAAGAAAUGCGUCGAGAAAAACUGCAGCGAGAAGGGCGACGACGAGGAAAAAUGCAACCAGCGCGCGAGCAUUUUUUCCAUCAUGGUGAGCCUGGAAAACUGCCAGCCCUACAGCGCUGUGCAGCAUUCCCACUGCGAAUGCGUGCCGGCGGAGGACGCCCCCGCGAAGCGCGAAGACCUGCUGCACAAAUUUUACGAAACAUUUAGCCCGGAUUCGGUCGGGAAGGCAAAGGACCUGUCGAAAAAGGCAGACACGACGCGAAAAAUGGCGAACCUGAUGGGGAAGCUCGUCCAGAAGUACUAUCCCGAUACCAUCCAGAAGGUCAAAGAUCCAAACGCGGAAAGGAUGGAACAACUAAUGAGAGAGUCUCAGAAAGCCACCAAUACCGUGGUGGAAGAGGAAGACGUCGAAGCUGACGAAGACGAUGCGGAAGAAGAAGAGGUUCAAGAGUUGUAGGCACGUAAUAACCCCUGUAUCAGAAGUCAUAUGAUUUGAAUUGUGAUUGUCCGCAUCGAAUAGUCAGCUGCCAAAACCAAUCGAUAGACUCGUGCACUCCGUGUGGCACAGGAUUAGGUGUUGACUGCUGAUGUUAUUGUCGAUAUUCGAGAGCAUUCCGGUGUUUUCUCGACAGGAGUCAAAAGAUCAGGAUAUGUUUUGCUCUGGUAGGAUUUCUUUCUUGUACUACUCUUACCUUGCACCGUAAUAUAGUUAGAGUCUGAUGAAAGUCAGACGAUCUGGAUGUAGGAGCAUGUUUCGUAUUUAUUCAUGGUAUUCGCCUUGAUUGUUUUUUAGAUGCUAGGGAAUCACCACCCAGUACUUUUCAAGAGCAAAAUAGCACAUCCAAAGGUAAGAAGCAUUCAAAAUGCCUGGAUUGUUGUGGAUCAAAUUUGCCAAUUGGUUCUGGCAUCUGGAGAGUUUUGCAAUGUCGGUGACAGUCUUCCACAAGUCUUCAUCAUGACAAUUCCUUAUUCUUCUUCGUUGAAACAUUCCAAGUGGUCAUAGGAAGGGAACAUAGCCAGAUCUAAUUGGUUCCUCCAAUAGCCUGCUGCACAUGUAGGAUAUUGUGACCUGUGCACAGUCCUAGAAAUCAUGGUCCAGAGAAACCAAAGCAUUCCGGACAAUCAUUGUGCAAGAUGGAUUGCCCUGCCAUCAAGCAAAGCAUUUUGAUGCAUUGUAACAACAUCAUGUGUGGGGUUGGGAUAAAUUAGUCUUUGUGCC